CGGGACUCAUUUUGAACCUCGCAGUCCCGGAGUUAAAAUGGCUGCGAAAGACCAGGUCGAGAGUUGGACCCAGGAGAUCAUUUGUCCCAUCUGCCUGGAUUUCUUCACCGAUCCGGUGGCGCUGGACUGCGGACACAACUUCUGCCGCUCCUGCAUCACACAGAGUUGGGACAGGGAGGGGAGAAACUCCUGCCCGGAAUGUAGAGAGGAAUCUGCAAACCGCACCCUCAGGGUGAAUCGGGCCUUGGUUAGACUGUCUGAGAAAGCUCGAACACUGAGCCUGAAUCUCAACGCGAAGAAAAGUAAACUUCACUGCGAGAAACAUCAGGAAGAACUGAAACUGUUUUGUGAAACUGACAAGAAACUGAUCUGCUUUAUUUGCACAACUGUGCAGGAACACAAGUCUCACAGCUUAAUGCUGAUAGAAGAAGCAAUUGAAUUCUACAAGGAACAGGUGAAAUCUUCCUUCGAAUCUCUCACAGAAAAGGAAUCAGAGAUCCAGAAAAUGGAGCAGGUACAGAAAGAGAGCAUUUCUGGAGUUCAGGAAGAGUCACACAACCUUCAGUCACUGAUCACAUCCCAGUUUGUGGAACUGCACCAGAUUCUCACUGAGAAAGAGCAGCGGUUACUCGGAAAUGUCCGGGAAGAAGAGGAGAAGAUUGUAAAAACGAUGGAGAAAAAUCUUCAAGAGAUACAAAAUAAUUUAAAUUCCAUUCAGGGAGAACUCUCAAAGUUACAGGAACAGAUAGACCACAAGGACGGCGUGAUAUUUCUGAAGGAGGAAGCUGGUCGCAAGAGCAGGGUUAGUGAUGAAACCAAAACAAUGUCGGUGGUAGAUGGUGCAUUGCCCACUGUAAACUAUGAUUGUGUCUUUUUCUACAACGUGGCAUUGAGAGAAACAUCUGAUCACAUCAACCGAGUCUCCGUCACCCUGGAUGUGGAAACAGCGCAUCCGCGGCUCGAGGUGUCUGAGGAUCGGAAGAGGGUGAGAUGGACCGAGACCCGGAGGAGUCUCCCUGACACCGAGAAGAGGUUUACAGGCUUGUGGUGUGUGCUGGGAUCGGAGGGAUUCACAUCGGGGAGACAUUACUGGGAGGUGGAGGUGGCGGGGAGUCAGCGCUGGAGUCUGGGAGUCGCCGCAGAGUCUGUGGAGAGGAAGAGAGUGCUCACACUGACCCCAGAGACCGGAGUCUGGAGCAUCUGGCAGCUGGGUGACAAGUUUAAUGCAUCCGCCUCCCCUCCAUCCCCUCUCCCCGCCCGUCCCAUCCCCGGGAGGGUGGGAGUUUAUCUCAGUUACGAGUCCGGGACGGUUUCAUUUUACAACGCGGACACCAAGUCCCAUCUCCACACCUUCACUGGGAAUAAAUUCACGGAGAAACUUUAUCCUUACUUUGGGCCUUGGCAUAAAGACCAGUGGCUGAGAAUCUGUGUGUAAAAGGGUCGGGAGCGCAGAAGGUUAAGGGGGGGGGACUUGAUAGAGGUCUUUAAAAUGAUGAGAGGGAUAGACAGAGUUGGUGUGGACAAGCUUUUCCCUUUGAGAAUAGGGAAGAUUCAAACAAGAGGACAUGACUUCAGAAUUAAGGGACAGAAGUUUAGGGGUAAUAUGAGGAGGAACUUCUUUACUCAGAGAGUGGUAGCGGUGUGGAAUGAGCUUCCAGUGGAAGUGGUGGAGGCGGGUUCGUUGGCAUUUAAAAUUAAAUUGGAUAGGCAUAUGGAUGAGAAGGGAAUGGAGGGUUAUGGUAUGAGUGCAGGCAGGUGGGACUAAGGGAAAAAAAGUUGUUCGGCACGGACUUGUAGGGCCGAGAUGGCCUGUUUCCAUGCUGUAAUUGUUAUAUGGUUAUAUGGGUCCCGGGGCCGGCGUCAGGAGCGGGGCUCAGGGGCUGUGGGGCAGAAACCCGGUGGACAACAGGUCGGCGCUGAACGAACGGCUCCCAUUGAAUCCCCAAAUUCCGCGUCGUGAAUCCCCAGUGAGCGCGGAAAUAAAACCAGGGGGAAUAUAAAUGUGGGAAGAGUGAAAUAAACAGCAACUGAAAUC